AUGACACAAGAACUCGUGUUCGCACCGCAUGUAGCGCAAAAAGAGAGGCGUAAACAGAAUCACGUAUUUAGCUAACAAGCACCGUCAGCAAACACUUUGAAGAAGUCUGGCCUGUGGUGAUCACAACAUGAUUCCAUUGAGGAAAUCAUAUGAGCACGAACGACUGCUUCAGAUGUGGCCGCCCUGGGCACUGGAUCAAAGACUGCCCUAAACCCGGUUCACGUGCACGCGGCAGGGGCCGGGCACGGAGCAAAGACAAUUGCUAUCGUUGUGGAAACCACGGUCACAUGGCAAGGGACUGUGAGCAAUCUGAGGAUGCUUGCUACAACUGCCACCAGUGUGGCCACCUUUCCCGAGAUUGCAAGGAGCCCAAGAAGGAGAGAGAGCAGCUCUGCUACUGCUGUGGCAAAGCUGGCCACAUGGCCCGCGAUUGUGAACAUGUCAACGAGCAGAAGUGCUACUCGUGCGGAGGAGUUGGCCACAUUCAGAAACUUUGCAGUAAAGUGAAAUGUUACAGGUGUGGCGAGACCGGUCACGUUGCAAUGAAUUGCGCCAGUGAGUUGAACUGCUACAACUGUGGGAAGUCAGGCCACGUGGCAAAAGAGUGCACCAUUGAAGCCACCGCAUAAUCAGUGCCCUUUGCUGCCCCUCCUUUAUUCAGAUUGAUGGUUGGUUGUAUUAUUUUCUCUGAAUCCUCUUCACUGGCCAAAGGUUGGCUAACAGAGGCUAGUCCCAGGCCAGUGAGCCUCUCGACAUGUAAUAAGAUGAAAGGGGUGAAAAGAUAUCUUUCUGCAUUCAAUACAAAAAUGUUUUAGUUUGGUAGCGGUGUUAUGUAUAAUGCUUUGUUAAAGAAUCCCCCUUUCCAAGCUACUGGUGAUCAGAGAUGAAAGAAUGGGACUAAACAUAUGGGAUAUAUAGGACCUCUGAGCUUGUGCAAGUGAGUCUCAGUGAGAUCAGAAAGAAGGGAGUAAAUGGAAACCUGAACUUCCAUUUAUGGUUAUUUUGGUUUGUUUUAGUGGGAUAAGAUACGAGUUGGCCAAGAGAGUAUGACAUGGGAAACGGUUCAUAACAUGAUGCAUCUGAGCCCUACAAGCAGCUAAGUGGGCGUGACAUAAACUACAUGCUAUAUUGCUAAGAUAUAAAAUUUUGGAGGUAUAAAAAGAAUCAAGUUCUUUUAUAGAAAUCUGUUUACAAUUUAAGUAUCACUUAAUAGUCCAAGGUAGAUAAUUCCUUUUAAAAUGACUGGAGAAAUUUGGAGUUCUCUUUGUUGUUUUUCUUUUUCUUUUUUUUUUUUUCUUUUUUUCCAUUUUUGUUAAAACCUUGGCGGAAAAUAGCAUCAAGAACAGUUGUCAGAUUAGCAGAAUUAGGAGUUAUUUGGGAACAGAAAAUGUUUUCACAGAAAUCAAAUGUUAUUUUUGUACAAUAUCACUUAAGACUACUGUAAAAAUACCAUUUGCUUGUACUCAGUUUUUAAGUCGGGUGGAAAAUGCAACUGAAGUCCUAGAAAAAUAGAAAUGUAAUUUUAAACUAUCAAUAAAGCUGGAGGAGCACGGGGAGGAA